AUGGAAAUUCAAGAAUCUUUGGCAGCGGCUCAAAUUCCUACAUUCAGUGAUGCCCUUGAAAACGCUCAAAGGGUUGAAAGUAUGAAAUCCCAAUUGCAAGCUUUUCAAACACGGAAAAGAGAUGCAUCUAGUAGUCGUAACCUGGAAAUACCUAGAGAAGAUGUACCACCUUCCAAAGUUGGGAGAAGAGCUGGAGAAGUACAACUUUCACUUCCAUCUGCACACAUGGCGAGAAAACCAGCAAGAACUAUAAUAAGAGGAACUCAAAUUGAUAGGGAACCAUCAAGGAAAAUUCCGCGGGAAAGCCAAGGACUGACACCUCACUUGACUUAUUAUCAACUUGCAAGUUGUCCGAAAAAUCAACGAAGAGAGAGUGCUUCUCAGCAAAUGGAUAAAGAUGUCUCUAAACAAAUAAAGGAAGGAGGGAACAGACCUCGAGCACUGGCUAGAACCUAUGCUAUUCAUGGACAACCGUCUUCAGAGUCGACAAGGGGGAUAGAAGGACCGUAUGAUGCUAACGUUCUUGAUGCAGAUACAGCAACUGGGGAUGGAUUACCUGUGGCUCUUACGCGGGAAUGCCUGACAGGGCAAAGUGCUUGGGAACUGGCUCCGAAUUCCCAGUUCCAGUUAGCCAGCAGAGAUGAUUACGGGAAUGACUUGUGCUUGGAAUUCAACCCAUACUAUUCUAAAAGGAUUCUAACCAGCAAGUGCAUUGUUCCUGAGGAAGAUGAUCCCCAAAAUCCCCAGGGCCAAUGCAAAUCGUUGCCUCUUUCAACAAGUUCAAGAUGGAUACUUGAUGAUAAAACUGGGAGCAGAGUGAAGCUAACUUGUGUCAACUGGGUAGGCCAUUUAGAGCCCUUGAUAGUAGAGGGGCUGCAGAAGAAGCCAUUGCCCUAUAUUGUUGACAAUGUAGCUUUGAUGGGAUUCAACUGCGUACGGCUAACGUGGGCUACUUUCAUGUUCACCAGAGAAAACUACGGAAACCUCACAGUCAGAGAGUCCCUUAAUCAGUUGAGCCUCGAUGGAUCCGUGGCAGGCAUUGCAAUGAAUAAUCCUCAAUUGCUGGAUGCCACCGUUGUUGAGGUCCAAAAGGCUGUUGUCUAUGAGCUUGGGAGAAAGAACAUCAUGGUAAUAUUGGAUAAUCAUGUCAGUAAACCUCAAUGGUGCUGUGGUGGAGAUGAUGGAAAUGGUUUCUUUGGAGAUGAAUUCUUUGAUCCCAAGGAAUGGUUACAAGGCCUUACUGCAGUUGCAAACCUGUACAAGGAUGCUCCUAAUGUUGUAGCCAUGAGCAUGAGAAAUGAGCUACGAGGUCCACGCCAGAACACAAAUGAUUGGUACGAGUACAUCCCGCAAGGAGCAGCAGUCAUUCAUGGAGAAAACCCAUCUUUGCUUAUCAUAGUUUCAGGUCUUGGGUACGAGACUGACCUUAGUUUUGUAAAGGAAAAGCCACUAGUACUGAAUUUCACAAACAAGCUGGUGUACGAGGCGCAUUGGUAUGCAUUUGAUACUCCAUGGCAAAUCUGGUUGUCUCAAACCAAUCAGAUAUGUGCACAAAGGAGCCAACGUUUUGCGGAUCAUUCUGCUUUUGUUGUCAGCAGCAGUAACCCUGUUCCUCUGUUUUUGAGUGAAUUUGGAGCCGAUCAAAGAGGUGGGAAUGAGGCAGAUAACAGGUAUUUGAGUUGCUUGUUGGCAUUUGUAGCCGAGCACGAUUUGGAUUGGGCCUUGUGGACAUUGCAGGGAAGCUAUAUACUUAGGCAAGGCGUGGUUGAGUUGGAGGAAGUGUAUGGGAUGUUUGAUGUCAACUGGGAUCACAUCAGGAACUCAACUCUUUCGCGGAGGCUGCAGCUUGUAAAACAGAUUAUUUGGGAUCCAAAGUCGAAUAACACAACACAUUCCAAGCUUUAUCAUCCCCAGAGUGGCCUAUGUGCCCAGAUUGGAAAUAACGGUAGUGUCCGGGGUAGUGAUUGCCAAAGUCCAGGUCGCUGGAAACAACAGGAAGCUGGGAGUUCAAUUCAACUGGAGGCCGAGGGGACAUUUGGGUGUUUAAGGGCUGUUGGUGAUGGUCAGCCGGCAACUGUUUCAAGUGAUUGUGGGAACCAAACGACUUUGUGGAAAAUGGUUUCAAGCUCCCAGCUUCACAUUGCUGCCCAAGGUGGAUAUUUGUGCUUGGAGAUGAACUCUUCCGACUCGGUGGUUGUCACUAGGAAGUGUCUGUGCUUGGACGAGAAUUCCAAUGACGUUCCUAAUUGUGCUGAAAAUCCUGAGGGGCAAUGGUUUAAGCUUGUUCCUACAAAUGAAAGCUAA